CGGGCAGAGGCGCGGCGGCCGGCCAAGCAAACACGAGUUGCCAGAAGUAUAUCCCGGCGGCGUGGCGAGGGCCGCUGUGUGUGGCGGUAGGGGGAAGGGGGAGCACGCUUUGGGAUCAGGGUAUUCGCUAGGGGUCCAGAUACCCUCCUUUCGCCCCUCAUUACCCGGAGUUGGGUGUCUGCCUGCCCAGGUCGCAGCUAGGGUGGCGAUACAGGCAGCAGGGAGCUGGGACCGAGGCAGAAUUCGAACCCGGGUCUCUAGGCCUGGGCAGACCGGGGGGAAGAUGUUCUUGGAAAAACUGAAGCUAGUCUGCCCCUGGGGCCCCCGUCAGCGGAAAUAUUGUUUCAGAAGCAGAUAUUUACUGCACGAGGCUGCCGUGCAGGUGGCGUGGCAGGAUCGGUUAAGUCGGGUAACAUACUGGGUUUAACCACAGCAAAGCCUGGCCUGGCUUGGAGUCUCCGUUUCCCUUUUUGAAAAGCAAAGGCCAAGUAAGGGCUGUGGACUUUACAGGACUUGGGUUCAAAUUCCAGCCCAGCUACUGCCUGGCUGUGUGACCUCAGGCAGUUCCUUAACCUCUCUGUUCUUGAGCUUUUCACUGGUGCUGGGUUGGGGCAUUCCUAGAGGGGAGCACAGGCAAAGGCUGGGCAGGGAUAGCAGCUGCUAAAGGACCCUGAAUACUAGGUUCAGGGCUUAGGCUCUUCUCCCGGAUCCUGUGGAUCGACAGAGAGCUUAGGGGUAUCUUAGGGAUCAGGUGCAGGCAGCUGGCCUCUGGCCAAUGUUUUCUGCCAUAUUCUCAUUCUGUGUUGUCCCACAUGGGUGUUUAUUGAAUGGCCAGGCAGCUUCACAGGGUCCUGGGCCUUCUCCAGGGAGGGCUGAGCAAACUGUGGACACUUGACAGAUGCUUGGCAAGUGAACAAAUGAUGCCCAGGUUUCCCUUUGAGACCUCAAAUAUGGCUGUGUUUUCAAGAAGGCCCCGCCUGAGCGCGAGAGGAAGGUGGGCCAAGUGUUUUUCCCAAAGGCUGCUGCUGGUGACAAAUGCUGCAGCGUGGGGCUGAGGACCCAGAUGAGGGCUGGGAGAGGAUGUGGGACUGGCGGCUAUAUGGGUGGGGGGUGGGUGUUGGCAGGAAGUUUUGCAGGAACCUGUGGGUUUCACUUUUGCUUCUGCACAUCAGACUAGAGGACAGUUCCCUGCGGCUGUUGACAUCUGUGGCCUCAGUUUCUUAGGCUGGGAAAUUGGUGCAGGUGGUCUCUCCCACUGGGGUUGUUGGGAUAGGCAAACGGUGACUGAAUUCACCGGGGAGGCAUUGCCUGCCCUACCACUGCGUGUACUGGGCCCUGCAGGAGUUGUGGGGAGAAAGACGACACUGUACAUGCCUACCACAGUCUACCCAGUGCUGGCCCCAAAGCUGAACACCCUAUGUCGUUCGUCAAAUCUUCCCGGCGCCUUGCAAAGGUAUACAGAUGGGGAAACAGGCUCAGAAGGGCAGCUGCACAUGGAGCCGUGGACAGGCUGGAUCCCUCCUCCUUGCGUGUCUUGUUGCCUCGGUCGCUUGCUGACCAUGCUGUCCCAUGCCUUAGCCUGUGCUGUGCCUUCUGCCUGGGACACCAUUCCUGGCCCCGUGAGGCCCUGAGGUUUUCUCUCUCCCUCCCUGAACCACUGAGCUGCGUUGGCGGCUCAGGGUAUGUGGGCUGAUGCACUUGUCGAGAGCAAGCAGAGCCGUUGCUGGGCGACUGCACUGGGGAGGGAGGGGAGACGGUGUUGCUCUCAAUUUCCCUCUGCCAGGGCGGGUGCUGGGGGCAGGGCUCAGGUGGGAGAGGCUGAGCAAGGGUGGGAGUGGCCUGGGCCAGGGGGUCUGGAGGAAGGGAACUGGGAUGGAGGGAGGAAAAUGCGUGGGCAAAAGUUAAGAAGGACGGGAUCUAACUGCAAGAUGCUGACUUGAGGGUUUUUAAGGGUCGGAUUGGCAUUUUGGGGGGACCCGGGGGAGGAGGGCUGCCAAGACAUUUGGGGCCGUGGGCCUGGGAAGGGGUGCCUGGGAUGGAGUGGGGACCUGCCUCAAUUCCCCAGUGGGCCCCAGGAUCCUCUCCACCCUCUGCCUUAUUUGCCACUGCUUCUGGCAGUGGGCAUGGCACAGGCAAAAGUGUGGGGGUGGGAUAGUGAACACAGAAGCGAGCGAAGGGGAGCCAGGGGCUCCUGGCCAUGGGCAGGGUCUACCGAUGAUAACCACAGCAGUCUUAAUACUAGGUAAUAUUUGUCAAAAAUGGCUACCCCAGGCCUCCAAGGCUGAGCUAGGGGCCAUGAGGCCACCCAGCUGGGACCAGAGUGGCAGUGGUCACACCUAGCUUCCCAUCCCGCCCCAGAGCUGGCCAUGUGUGUGCUCUGGCCUGGGCACGCUGUCCUCUGAGCCCGGAGGUCUGGGCCAGCUCCCGAUCCUGUCCCCACCUCUCCCGACAGCUGUCGCAGCGGGAACCGCAAAAGUCUGGUGGUAGGAACGCCCUCGCCAACCCUUUCCCGGCCCCUGUCUCCGCUCUCCGUCCCCACAGCAGGCAACAGCCCUCUUGAGAGUCCUCGGAACUUCUCAGCUGCGUCUGCUGUGAACUUCCCCUUUGCCCGAAGCCACAUCCCACGUGUGGACAGGGCUGACGGCAGAAGAUGGUCCCUUGCGUCCCUCCCAUCUUCUGGCUAUGGAACCAACACGCCCAGCUCCACCGUCUCGGUACCCACAGUCCCACCUUGGCCAGCAGACAGGCGGGUGCGAGUCAAGCUCAUCCUCCCGGGAGCGCCUCCACCAGCUUCCUUUCCAACCGACGCCGGAUGAACUAUGCUUCCUGUCCAAGCAUUUCCGCAGCUCAGAGAGCGUGGUUGACGAGGAAGGCGGCCACCGCUCACCCCACCUUCGUCCCCGUUCCCGCAGUCUCAGCCCGGGACGCACAACAGGGACCUUCGACAAUGAAAUCGUCAUGAUGAAUCAUGUGUACCGGGAGAGGUUCCCCAAGGCCACGGCACAGAUGGAAGGCCGUCUGCAGGAGUUCCUGGCUGCUUUUGCGCCCGGCGCCCGGCUGGCACUGGCCGACGGCGUCCUGGGCUUCAUCCACCACCAGAUCAUUGAGCUGGCCCGCGACUGCCUGGCCAAGUCUGGAGAGGCGCUCGUCACCUCCCGCUACUUCCUGGAGAUGCAGGAGAAGCUGGAGAGGCUGCUGCAAGAUGCCCACGAGCGCUCGGACAGUGAGGAGGUGGGCUUCAUCGUCCAGCUUGUCCGGAAGCUGCUUAUCAUCAUCUCAAGGCCAGCGAGGCUCCUUGAGUGCCUGGAGUUUGACCCUGAGGAGUUUUAUCACCUGCUGGAGGCUGCCGAGGGCCAGGCCCGAGAGGGCCAGGGCAUCAAGACGGACCUGCCGCAGUACAUCAUUGGGCAGCUGGGCCUGGCUAAGGACCCCCUCGAGGAGAUGGUGCCUCUGAGUCACCUGGAAGGGGAAGGACAGCCUCCAGCACCCGAGUCCCCGGAGAGCCGUUCCCUCGUCGGCCCAUCACGGAGGAAGCCAUGUGAGAGUGACUUCGAGACCAUCAAACUCAUUAGCAACGGAGCCUACGGGGCUGUCUACCUGGUACGCCACCGAGACACACGGCAGCGCUUUGCCAUCAAGAAGAUCAACAAGCAGAACCUGAUUCUGCGUAACCAGAUCCAGCAGGUCUUCGUGGAGCGCGACAUCCUCACCUUCGCCGAGAACCCGUUUGUGGUCAGCAUGUUCUGCUCCUUCGAGACCCGGCGCCACUUGUGUAUGGUCAUGGAGUAUGUGGAAGGCGGCGACUGUGCCACGCUCCUGAAGAACAUGGGCCCCCUGCCCGUGGACAUGGCCCGCAUGUACUUCGCCGAGACGGUGCUGGCGCUCGAAUACUUGCACAACUAUGGGAUCGUGCACCGUGACCUCAAGCCUGACAACCUGCUUAUCACCUCAUUGGGCCACAUCAAGCUGACCGACUUCGGCCUGUCCAAGAUUGGGCUCAUGAGCAUGGCCACCAACCUCUACGAGGGCCACAUCGAGAAGGACACCCGGGAGUUCGUGGACAAGCAGGUGUGCGGGACGCCUGAGUACAUCGCGCCCGAGGUGAUCUUCCGCCAGGGCUACGGGAAGCCAGUGGACUGGUGGGCCAUGGGUGUUGUCCUCUAUGAAUUCCUGGUGGGCUGUGUGCCUUUCUUCGGAGAUACCCCCGAGGAACUCUUUGGCCAGGUGGUCAGUGAUGAGAUCAUGUGGCCAGAAGGAGAUGAGGCCCUCCCAGCUGAUGCCCAGGACCUCAUCACCAGGCUGCUCCGACAGAGCCCAUUGGACCGUCUGGGCACGGGUGGCACCCACGAGGUAAAGCAGCACCCCUUCUUCUGGACGCUGGACUGGGCCGGGCUUCUGCGACACAAAGCUGAGUUUGUGCCACAGCUUGAAGCCGAGGACGACACCAGCUACUUUGACACACGCUCGGAACGUUACCGCCACCUGGGCUCGGAGGACGAGGAGACCAAUGAUGAGGAGUCAUCCACAGAGAUCCCUCAGUUUUCGUCGUGUUCCCACCGGUUCAGCAAGGUCUACAGCAGCUCCGAGUUCCUGGCCGCCCAGCCCACCCCAACCUUCGCUGAACGGAGCUUCAGUGAGGACCGGGAGGAAGGGUGGGAGCGCGGUGGCGAGGGCGAGUUUGGCCGCCGCUUCAGCAUGGAGAUCCGACUGAGGUCCUGGACAUCCUCUGGUCCCUCCGGCCAGUCAUCUUCUUCCCAGCCGGAGCGGGGCCCCAGCCCAUCGCUCUUGAAUACUAUUAGCCUGGAUACAAUGCCCAAGUUUGCCUUCUCGUCGGAGGAUGAGGGAGCCAGCCCAGCCUCUGUGGGCCCCAAGAGGCCCAUCUUCAUUCUGGGGGAGCCUGAUCCACCCCCAGCAGCCACCCCAGUGAUGCCCAAGCCCUCAAGCCUUUCUGCCGACACAGCCGCCCUCAGCCACGCGCGCCUGCGAAGCAACAGCACUGGCGCCCGGCACUCGACACCACGGGCCCUGGAUGCCGGUCGGGGCCGCCGCCUUGGGGGCUCAAGAGACCCAGCUCCCGAGAAGUCUCGGGUCUCCCCCAGUGGGGGCCGCGUGCCCAAGUCUGCCUCAGUGUCUGCCCUAUCCCUCAUCAUCACAGCCGAUGAUGGCAGCGGUGGCCCGCUCAUGAGCCCUCUGUCCCCACGCUCACUGUCCUCGAACCCAUCAUCCCGAGACUCCUCUCCGAGCCGAGACCCGUCCCCCGUGUGUGGCAGCCUGCGGCCCCCCAUCGUCAUCCACAGCUCAGGCAAGAAGUACGGCUUCAGCCUGCGGGCCAUCCGCGUCUACAUGGGUGACAGCGAUGUCUACACCGUGCACCAUGUUGUCUGGAGCGUGGAGGAGGGAAGCCCUGCCCAGGAGGCAGGCCUGCGAGCUGGGGACCUCAUCACCCACAUCAACGGGGAGUCAGUCCUGGGGCUGGUGCACAUGGACGUCGUUGAGCUGCUGCUGAAGAGCGGCAACAAGGUCGCCCUACGGACCACAGCCUUGGAGAACACCUCCAUCAAGGUGGGCCCCGCCCGGAAGAAUGUGGCCAAGGGCCGCAUGGCUCGCAGGAGCAAGCGGAGCCGCCGGCGGGAGACGCAGGACCGGCGGAAGUCGCUCUUCAAGAAGAUCUCAAAACAGUCCUCCGUGCUGCACACAAGCCGCAGCUUCUCUUCCGGCCUCCACCACUCCCUGUCGUCCAGCGAGAGCCUCCCGGGGUCGCCCACCCACAGCCUCUCCCCCAGCCCCACCACGCCUUGCCGCAGCCCAGCUCCUGAUGCCCCAGCAGACACCACAUCCCCUCCCAGUGCCUCCCCGAGCUCCAGCAGCCCUGCCUCUCCUGCCGCUGGUGGCCACACCCGCCCUAGCUCCCUGCAUGGCCUGGCCGCCAAGCUCGGGCCACCCCGCCCCAAGACCGGCCGCCGCAAGUCUACCAGCAGUAUCCCGCCCUCCCCACUGGCCUGCCCACCUGUGCCUGUGCCCCCACCCCGCUCACCCUCUCCCCUCCCUGGACACCCACCCGCACCCGCCCGGUCUCCGCGGUUGCGCCGGGGCCAGUCAGCUGACAAGCUGGGUUCGGGUGAACGGCUGGAGGGGGAGCUGGGGCGCCGCGGCCGCGGGCCAGACUCGGAGCUGGUGGUCAUGCGGCGGCUACACCUGUCCGAGCGCCGAGACUCCUUCAAGAAGCAGGAGGCGGUGCAGGAGGUGAGCUUUGAUGAGCCGCCCGAAGAGGCCAUGGGGCCGUUCACUUCCGUACCACAGAUUGCCGUGGAGGGCGCAGAGGCUGUGCUGGGAGCCCUUGGACCUGCCGGGAAGGACUGAUCCCUCCCACCUGGCCUCUCCCCGGCCUAGAAGUUGGGCUUUUUUUGUGCAAUGUUUUUUCCAUAAAGUGACUUCUGGAUGGAGACUGAGCCACCAGACUAUGACACCUGGAAGGCGAGAAGCUGUCUCGGUCCUUACUGGAAGGCGGAGACAGCACGUCCCUUGUGUUCUGGUGCCGAUCAGGGGCCGUAGAGGCAGGAACGGGGAACAAGGGUGGCAUUGUAAAUAGCAGCAAAUCCCUGCGACUAAUUUAUUACUUUUUAUAAGCGAUAGGUAGACUGAGUCGCCAUGUGAAGGCGGCUGCCUGGGUCCUGCCCCCUGCACCUGGGACCCCAUUUGCAGACGCUGCCCCGCUGGGCUGAGAAGGAAGCACUUUGGACAAGUCAUGUAUGUUCGUGUUUUCUAGGUUUUCUGUAUUUUUUAGUUUUUUUGUGUUACUUGAUCCCAUCCUGGCCCAAGACCCACUGAUUUGAGGGGAUAUGGGCAGGCUUACCUGUCCGGGCCCAGUUUGGAUAUGGCUUGGAGGGUCUACAAAUGAUUCCCCUCUACCACAAAACAAGCAAUCUCGAUGAUGGACUGGAUUCUGAAAGCUACUUCUCACUAUCAUAGCCUCCAUCCCUAGGCCAGUCUUGCUAGAGUUUGCUUCUAGUCCUGAAGGCUUCAGCCUGGAGGAAGGAUGUAGGAACUGGGACUUUGUUGGAUGAGUAGGAGGUCACCAGAUCUAGGCAGAGGGGUCACCCAUCCCAGAGGGUGACACUGAUGCCCUGGGAGGGAGAGUCAGGACUCCAAGGGUACUGCCAGGGCAGGAGAAUAUCUGCCCUGCACAAGAUUUCAUGUGCUUGAUGCCCACCAGGGUGAGCCCUUGACCAUGAUGUGUCUGAAACACCCCAUGGGGGGGGUGUCCCUCAAUGUGUCACAGCCUUCCUAGAAUGAAAUUCAAGUGAGAAAACCCAACUGGGGGGCAAUGGGGCCCAAGUUUGAAUCUUGGCUUCCCUGUGUGUCUCUGGGAAAAUGGCUUUCCCGCUCUGUGCCUCAGUUUCCCUGUGUUUACAAAACUAAUCCCAGUGACUAUUUAUUAAGCAUCUACUCUAUGCCAAACGCUUUUACUCGUGGCUUCUCCCUCAGCCAGCCUUGAGAAGGCUGCAGGUGGUGUCAUCAUCCCCAUUUUACAGACAAGUAACUGAGGCCUGGUGAGGGGUGGAGACUUCUCUCACAGUCACCUGGUAAAAAUCAUGCAGCCAGGCCUGAGUCAUCUCCAGCUCUCUUCCCUAGGAUGCUAUGACCCCCUGGGCAUGUCAGACCGAACCUCCAUUUCCAGUUUGGAGGUGCCUGGCAAGAUCACUGUGUCCCACAUGGUGAGGGCACUUUCCAGGCACUGCAGCCCACUCUGCAUCCCUCCCAGAGACCCCCGCCCAGCACUGGCUGGUGUUGGAGCUAGACCAAGGCUGUGCAUGACUUGCUCCCUGUUUCCAUCCUGGAGCUGACCGUGAAUAAAAGCCCACAUUUACAAAGAGGAAGUCCAAUGUCUGGAUUUGUGAGGGGCAAAGAAAGCGGUAAGGGAAGAGUGCGGUGGGGACAGGGUGAAAACUGGCUUCAUUUAAAGGGGUUUUGAAGGCUGCAUAGGAAUUCAAUGAGGUUUCUCCCUGAGGCCUUCUCGGGUCCUUGGCCUCCUACUGCCCUCUUCCUGAGAACCCAUCAUAGGCUCUGCCCUUAAAAUCAUCCAGACAUCGAUCUGGGGCCCUGCGCUGUGUUAAUAAAAUAAAUAAACCAUCUUUGUGUCCUUUC